AUGUCCGAAGAGCUACGGUUUCCCGAGGGCUUUAUGUGGGGCACUGCCACUGCUGCCUACCAAGUCGAAGGUGCGGUGAGCGAAGACGGACGUGGCGACAGCAUCUGGGACGCUUUCGCUCGCACACCGGGCAACGUCCAUAACAACGACACUGGUGACAAGGCCGUGGACCACUACCAUCGCUACAAAGAAGACGUGCAGCUGAUCAAACGGAUGGGGCUGCCUGCCUACCGUUUCUCCAUUGCAUGGCCACGUAUUCUGCCCACUGGAGUCGGCAAAGUGAACGAAGACGGGGUCGCCUUUUACAAUCGCCUCAUCGAUGAACUCGUGGCGAACGACAUCACGCCACUUGUGACGCUGUACCAUUGGGACCUGCCCCUACCACUUGAACUCGAGCACGACGGAUGGCUCGGGGGCACGUUCAUCCACGAAGCCUUUGCGCAGUACGCUCGCGUGUGUUUCCAGCGGUUCGGAGACCGGGUGAAGCACUGGUUGACGCUCAAUGAGCCCUGGUGCUCAGCUUUCUUGGGCUACGGAAAUGGUCUUCACGCUCCAGGGCGCAAGUGCACGCCGCAGACAGCGGUCUAUCUCGCUGGACACAACUUGCUGCUAGCUCAUGCUCGUGCUGUAGAAUGUUACCGCAACGAGUUUCAGGCGGUACAGAAGGGCGCGAUUGGCAUUACACUGAACUGCGACUGGCGCGAACCAAGACCGACGGCUGACCCGGUGCAGAGGCGCAAGAACGAAGAGGCGGCCGAGCGCUCGCUGCUCUUUUUCUUGGGAUGGUUCGCUGAUCCAGUCUACAAGGGUGACUAUCCGCAAGUCAUGAAGGACCGCUGCGGUUUGCGUUUACCCAAGUUUACGGACGACGAGAAAGCGUUGCUCAAGGGUAGUUCUGACUUUUUUGGGCUCAACCACUACGGGCUCAACUACGCUGAGCCGUCAGACGAGUACGAGGCCGCGAUACCGCCCCCGGACGACAGCACCGGCGGCUUGUCAUUAGACGAAGGCACGACGUUAACGUCGGAUGACUCUUGGAAGCGCACAGACAUGGGCUGGAAUGCUGCUGGUUGGGGUUUCCAGAAGCUACUUCUGUGGAUUCAGGAGCGCUACAAAGUCCCGAAUGGCAUUGUGGUGACGGAGAAUGGGUGUGCCUGGCCAGAUCGAACGAAGGAAGAAGCUCAGGAAGACGACUUUCGGGUUGAGUUCUACAAAGAAUACCUGGUAGGUCUGCACAACGCCUUGGCGCAAGGUGCGGAUGUGCGUGGGUACUUUGCGUGGUCUUUUGUCGACAACUUCGAGUGGGCCGAGGGCUAUGCGAAACGCUUUGGGCUACACUGGGUUGAUUACGAGUCCAUGGAGCGUACGCCCAAGAAGUCAGCUCAUUGGUAUAGCAGUGUCGUUCGCAACAACGGGUUCACAGCUUCUACUCGUUAG